CAUUAGACCAUACCUAACGGAAGAAGAAGCAGACCAAAUUGUAGUUGUAUUAUUUUAGAGCUAGCAAAAUUGUGAAUUUUGGCCAAUUAAAAUCGAAAUUGUUAUGUCCCCUAGCCUCGAGCCCAUUCGUGCGUCGGCGGUGUGUAAGAAGAGUGCGGAAAUAGAGUGCGCGAUCGAGUGAAUAAUGCCCAAUUUGGCUACCGUAGCAACGGUCCCCAUGCACUUUAGGCGAAAGGAAACACUAAAUGUCCAAUAAAAAGCGCACGCGCGCAUAAAAUGCACCAUUAAGGCCGAGGAGCAGAAUCGAAAGUUUUUUUUUUCAAUUGCAAACAGCUGGAGCAGCAGCAGCGACUGCUGGACUUGCGACAGUGUUCCCCAAUUGCAUUGGCAGGCGAAGGCUAUCGACUGGCAACCGGAAUCGCAGCGAGCUGAGACUGAAUCACACACGAUACCCAUCCAACUCUGAGUCAACUAACCGCCAUGCGAGCCUCCAUUCCGCCCGGCAUACGAGUGGUGCGUGGACCCAAUUGGAUCUGGUCGAAUCAAGACGACGGAGAAGGUCACGUUGGAACCGUUUGCGAAAUUGGCCGUUGCGGAUCUACACAUUCACCGGAGAACACUGUGGUGGUUAAUUGGGAUUCCGGACAUCGUACCAAUUACCGGGUGGGCUAUCAAAACCAGUACGAUCUGAUAAUUGUGGAUAAUGCUCAAGUUGGAGUUCGUCACUCAAAUGUUGUCUGUGAUGGCUGCUCAAAGGCAGGCAUUGCCGGCAUAGUCUUUAAGUGCGCCCAGUGUGCCAACUAUCAUCUCUGCGCCUACUGCUACGCCGAGGAUCUGCACGAUUUGGAGCAUCCUUUCAUUCGCUAUACUACGCCCAAUUCAUUGGGAGUGCGUGUGCCAACGCGGAAAAACUCCAAGCGCAUUCAACUACGCGGCAUCUUUGUGGGCGCCAAGGUGGUACGCGGUCCCGACUGGGAGUGGAGCGAACAGGACGGCGGUGAGGGCAAGACGGGGCGUGUAAUGGAAAUUCGUGGCUGGGACAACGAAUCGUGUCGCAGCGUGGCCAACGUCUCGUGGGUAACAGGAUCGACGAACGUCUAUCGUUUGGGCCAUAAGGGCAACGUAGACCUCAAGUAUAUAGCAGCCACUGCCGGCGGACACUACUACAAGGAUCAUAUGCCAGUGUUGGGACAACCGGAGGAGUUGCAGCCGGUGGCGCCUAUGGUGAAGCCAAGCUUUUCUGUGGGCGACCGCGUCAAGGUUUGCCUAGAGGUCGAUGCCCUGAUGAAGCUGCAACAGGGCCACGGCGGAUGGAAUCCGCGCAUGGUCGAGCAUCUGUCCAAGCUGGGCACCGUCCAUCGUAUCACGGACAAGGGUGACAUACGUGUCCAGUACGAGAACUGUCCCAAUCGCUGGACCUUUCAUCCCGCCGCCCUCGUCAAGGUUGUCUCGUUUCGUGUCGGCGAUCUGGUCACCAUCAUCAACGAUGCGAACAAGGUGCAGCAGCUGCAGAAAGGACACGGUGAAUGGAUUGAAAUUAUGCGAUAUGCUCUGGGAAAACUCUGCAAGGUAGUGAAGGUCUACUCUGAUGGAGACCUGCGAAUUCAGCAGUUAGACGAUGGCUUCGAAUGGACCCUCAAUCCCAAAUGUGUCAAGCUGGAGCGUUCGCCCCUCGCCACGGCUGCCGAGCGCUCCAAUAGUAUGAUGGAUCUGAGUCACCGACGAGCCGAUCAUGUUAUGACCCCGCUAUCCGGCCUCUCAGGCAGCUCUGUUGCCGAUAAGCUGGUGCGGGAGGCCGCCCAGGGACAUCUGGACUUUGUGCGCCAAUACCUAGACGUUAAUCCCGGCCAGGUAGACGUAAUGAGUGGCGGCAAGGCCUGCAUCCAGGUGGCAUCGCACCAGGGCUACGUCGAACUGGUCGCCUACCUCAUCUCGAAGGGAGCCAACGUCAAUGCCGUGGACAAGGAGGGCGACUCUGCUUUGCACUAUGCCGCUUUUGGCAAUCAACCGGCCACGAUGCGAGUGCUGCUGCAGAAUGGAGCCGAGGUGAACUUCCUCAACUCUAGCCACUGCUCUGCCCUGCACAUCUGUGCGCACAAGAAGACGCCACACUGCGUCCGCGAACUGCUGGAGCACAACGCCAAUGUGAACAUCCAGGACUCGUACGGAGAUACAGCACUGCACGACGCCAUCGGUAAGGAGAACACGGAGGUCGUGGAGUUACUCUGCAACGCUCCCAACCUGGACUUCACGGUGAAGAAUAACCGCGGCUUCAACGUGCUUCAUCAUGCUGCGCUCAAGGGCAACGUGGUGGCCGCUCGCCGCAUCCUGUUGCUCUCCCGUCAGCUGGUCAACGUGCGCAAGGACGACGGCUUUGCUGCUCUCCAUUUGGCUGCACUCAACGGACACGCCCAGGUGGUGGAGACACUGGUCACCGAGGGACAGGCAGAGCUGGACAUAUGCAACAAUCGUCGGCAGACUCCUUUCUUGCUGGCCGUCUCGCAGGGUCAUGCCGGUGUGAUCGAGCGCCUGGUGCGGCUCUCCUGUGACGUGAAUGCUAAGGACGAGGACGGUGACAAUGCCAUGCAUCUGUGUGUGAUCAAGAAGUCUAAUCUGCAGUCAGCUGCUGAGCCGCAACCUGAGGAGGCGCCCGAGAUACACAAGUUCUACCAGAGCCUGGUGCAGACAAGCGUGCGUCCGGAGGAUCGACUCAUGUACAGCAUUCUGAUCUAUCUCUCAAGGGCCGGCUGCCGCGUAGAGCUGAACAACGCCAAUGCUAGCAUAUUCGAAUGGAUUACGGACCGCAACAUCCGACAGUUGAUCUUUGGCCAACAGGGUGAAACUGAUGCGCUGCCAAGAAACCUGCAGGCACUCGACAUGUCGGCAGCUGCUGGCAGCGAGGAAGCGGAAUCAAAUGGAGCCGGCCCAGCAGCAGCAGCUCCAGCUCCAGCAGUGCCACUGCCUCCACAACGCCAGCAACUGGAUUUAAUACCAAAGCCCAACGACACACCAUCGCCAUCAGCAGCUGCGGCAGCCGCUACAAGUACGCCUUCUGCCUCGCCAGGCGUGAAAAAACUCAACUCGGAUUCUGUGCAACAGAAUGUUUCACCACAGGUGGCGCCGCGUAAGAAGGCACCAAAGCCGCCGGUGACAUCCGGCACCUCGGAGGCUGGGGCGGCGGGUCCUAGCCCCAGUCCGGUGAUCGUUUCGGGUCCCCAGGAGUGCAUCGUGUGCAAUGAGAACCUGCAAUUGGUUCGAUUCGAGCCGUGCCAGCAUCAGAUCGCGUGCGAGGAGUGCGGCAUCCGGAUGAAGAAGUGUCUGCGUUGUGGAGUUGUCAUUGAGAGACGUCUGACUGUCAGUGGUCGGGUCGUGGCCCUGCCCACGUCCACGUCGUCGCCCAGUGAUCCUACACGCCUGCCAUCGGGUGAUCUGCUGCGCUAUCUGGAGAACAAAGUGCAGGAGUUUGAGGAGUCGCAUUUCUGCGGGAUUUGCAUGGAGCGGAAGCGGGAUGUGGCAUUUCUUUGCGGCCACGGAGCUUGUUCCCACUGCGCCGAGACGCUGCGAACCUGCCACAUGUGUCGCAAGACAAUACUCAAGAAGAUCAAUCUGUACUGAGCAGCAUCAGCAGCGGCAGCGGAAACCAGCAACCAAAGUGGCUUGUAUAUAUACAUACAUAUGGGAAAUCAGCACCUCUGAACACCGAAACACACACUCACAGCACACACCCACAUUUGCCGUGUCAUGUGCAACUCGAACUACAUAACUAUUUAUUGAACACCGACGAAUUUUACGCGUUCUUUUUGUAAACGGCUUAGCAACGGCAUCGUUAUACAUACAACAAAUUAUUGUGCACCCUUCAAGUGUCUAGUUAUUAGCCUCGUUUAACCAAAUGUCUGGUGACGAUAAAAACAAAUAGGAAACAAA